UAUGUCCUCUUCUCCAUCGUCGUUCCCUCCUGACGGAUGAAUUUCUGCGAGCCUCCAUCCCUAGAGGGGGUAGCUCUGUAAAAUUGGCAGGAGACGUCUGGAAGAAAGCAAGUCCCCCAGCGAUUUCAGCACCUAGGCAGAAACGGCUGGGCUUUCCCACUGCCAGCCCCGGGGUGGCUGGCACCAAGAGGCCUGGACUAAACGAGGUGCGGGGCCGGCGAGGUUGAGGUCCGGUAACUCUCCAGGCACUCUUUGCGCGGAUCCUGGGGGGCCCGGGGCCCAGGGCCAGCUCCGCCACUGCGCCCCGCCCAGCUCUGUCCCCGCAGCCUCGCGGGCUGCUGGGCUUUGUGGUUCGCCCGUGCGGCUGGGCCCCAGCUGGGGGUGUCGUUACGAGCAUGUGCAGACAGCAGCCCAAGGUAGAGCAAGCGUGCCGGGCGAGCCCUGAGACUUGCCUUGCAAUGCCAUGUUUGUGUGUGUGCUCUAACUCCCGGAGAGCAAUCAGGGAGACGGCUCCCCCGCCGGACUUGGCUGAUGUUUUCUUGUUUCUGUUUCAGCCUUCAGGAUAAUUCCUUCAGCAGCACCGCUGUAACAGAGUGUGACGAAGACACAGUCUCCCUACAUGAAGAUCAGACUGAUUGCUCCAGUCUCAGAGAUGAAGACAAUAAAGAAAAUUACCCCGAAGCCGGGGCUCUCCUAGAGGAGCCCGCACCACCCUCUCGGGAGCCACAGCAGCAUGUAGAGCAGACCUUGCUGGUGGACGGCGUGCUGCGACCCAACAUGGGCAACUUCAAGUCCCGGAAGCCCAAGAUCCUGCUCAAGGCAGAGAGCGGGAGGAGCCACGGAGAAAGUCAGGAGACAGAGCACGUGGUACCCAGCCAACCAGAGUGUCGGGGGAGAACAGGAACUAAAGACCACGAGAGUCCACAAAAUCACCUUUUCAGGUGCCAAGAAACAGUGCGAGUUCAACAAAGAAUCGACCAGAGGGCUACCAUUUGGUCAAAGGACACUUUUGAGACUCGGCAAGAGUUAAAUGAGGAAGAAGCUGCUCAGGUGCAUGGACUCAAGGACCCAGACCCAGUGUCGACCCAGAGUGUGCUUGCAGAAGGCGCAGAUGUUGCAGACCCUGCACCAGCCCACAAAGAUGGGCAGAAUGAAGCAGACAGUGCACCAGAAGACCUCCAGUCUGUUGGGACUAGCAGGCUUCUCUAUCACAUCACUGACGGUGAUAACCCACUACUGUCACCACGAUGCUCCAUCUUCAGCCAAAGCCAGAGAUUCAACUUAGACCCUGAAUCAGCCCCUUCUCCACCCAGCACUCAGCCGUUUAUGAUGCCACGAAGUUCUUCACGGUGUGGCUGUGGUGAUGGCAAGGAGCCACAGACCAUUACCCAGCUCACCAAGCACAUCCAGAGCCUCAAGCGAAAAAUUAGGAAAUUUGAAGAAAAAUUUGAACAAGAAAAGAAAUACCGGCCUUCACAUGGUGACAAGACUUCUAAUCCUGAAGUCCUGAAAUGGAUGAAUGAUUUGGCUAAAGGUCGUAAACAACUUAAAGAACUAAAGCUGAAAUUGUCAGAAGAACAAGGGAGUGCUCCCAAAGACCUACCUAGAAACCUGUCCUGUGAGCAACCUGCAGUCCCCAGAGAGAAUGGGAAGCCAGAAGCUGUGGGCCCUGAGCCAAGUUCCUCUGGAGAGGACACUCCUGAUACUGUGCUGACAUGCCUAAAGGAGAAGACAGAGCAACUUCCUGCUCAGGAGGAUUCUAAGGUAGCUAAGCAAGACAAGAACCUCAUAAAGCCUCUUUAUGACCGAUACAGAAUUAUCAAGCAAAUCUUGUCAACACCUUCCCUUAUUCCAACAAUUCAGGAGGAAGAAGACUCUGAUGAAGACUGUCCACAGGGAAGCCAGCAACCUUCUCUGCCAGAUCCAGCAUCUCACCUGCCUAUUGGCGACCACCUCACCUUCUCUAAUGAGACGGAACCUAUUAGGGUCCUGCUGUCAGAUGAAAAAAAAGAAACCAAACAACCAGCCCUAUCCAUGUCCAAUUUACAUGAGGCCACUAUGCCUGUACUUCUUGACCAUCUCCGAGAAACUAGGGCUGACAAGAAGAGACUUCGGAAAGCCUUAAGAGAAUUUGAAGAACACUUUUUUAAACAAACAGGAAGAAGUCCACAAAAGGAAGAUAGGAUACCGAUGGCAGAUGAGUACUAUGAAUACAAGCACAUAAAAGCCAAACUGAGACUAUUAGAGGUCCUCAUCAGCAAGCAAGAUGUGGCCAAAACCAUCUGAGGUUCAGGAAAUAUUUGUGCUCACUUUCAACCAGGAUAAGGCCAAGUUUCUUUACCUCUGACAUUCUUGCUAAGUAGUUUUGACAUACUGAGAAUCAAAGCACUUUAGUGGUAGUAUUAGCUGUUUUUAAGAAGGGAUGGCAAAUGUAAUUAUAAAUGAGGAUGGAAGAGUUAAAUGGGGGAAAUAUACUAACAAUAUAAUUGGAAAAAUUGCUCCAUGCCAAGGAGAAAACACAUGGUCAGUAUAAUUAUUUCAAAAAACAUCUUAAUAUUUUAUCAAAUCUAAAUAAUACUUGUUCAGUGGGCCACUUUUUAGGAAAAGUCUAUUUUGUGUCCAAAACCUGCUUAUGUUAAAGUGUGGAAAAGAGCAUGAUUUUUAAAAAAUCAAUAAGGAGGAAAAGAAACUUUUCUUUUUAUGUAGGAAGCAAUAUGGCUAGUAAGAAUUUAAUAUAUUUAAAACUUCUAAUAGAUUUUUAAGUGAUAAAAAAAAUCUACCUUGUCCCUUAAGUCUGCUAGGCUAUCAGUAAAGCAUACUAGAAUGUGUCACUGCUAAUUUUUUAUUUCUAUAUAAAAAUAGCAGAUUUUACCAGUUAUUUGAGAUUUUACAUUUCUGGUUACCAAAGUUCAUUCUGAUAGCAUGUACUUUGUGAAUUAACUUUGUCUAUAAUGACAGAUGUUUAUAUUAAAGUAAACUAUUGUAUUAAAAUUUAAAAAUAGGUUAUUUUGGGAUAGAUUCGUGGUCUGCAGUAUAUAAUUCUAAUGUGAUCAUAGUUAUGAUUGCUAAUCUUUUUGUUUACUAUAAGAGUAUAUAACUAUUUUUCCAUUGGGAAUAUGCAUUUUUCUUAAUGUUCCAAAGUCUGUACUUUGUAUAGUCACAAAGCUUUCUCAUGAGUUGUAGGUAUUCUUCAUCUUGCACAAAAUUUGCAAAUUUCUGACACCUUGGAAAAGAAAGCUAAAUAUUUUAUUUGCUUCAUCAACUUUAGUGCAUAUAGUUUUGUGUUAUUUUGUACUAAAACAUGCGUUUAUUAUUUUGCCUUUGUAAAAAUAAGAGGUCAACAUUUUCUCUCUUGUAACAACCAUGUUUGUAUUUCUGUUUUCUGUAAUGUUUAAGCAUGAUGUUGAACAAAUUCACAUUUUCAUAUAGUUUGGGUGGGAAGAAUAUUGACUUUCAGAAGUAGAGUAUUUCAGAGGCUUAUUGUUUUCUCUGUAUUUACCUGGUAUUUUAUAACUUUUAUGAAUCAGAAUGAUGUCCUUCACAAAUUUGUUUAAUUGAAGUCAUCUACUUGUAACAGGACAGAUACACAACUAUUUGAAGUUUACAAACUACAUCUUUGAUAAGGGAAAUGGUUUCAUGACAUGUAUACAAUUGCUAUUAAAAUGUAACUCUAUAUAUUCUAUAUGAUUGUAAAUAUUUUAUACAACAAUACAAAUAAAAUAUUUUUCUAUUAUAUUUAUUAUGUUGAAACACAAUAGUUGUUUCCUGUUAGCUAAUAUAAAUAACAUAAAUAACACUGUCAAACAACAAGUUGGAAGUGUUGACAAUUCUAGGCUUCAAGAUUUAACUCAUGCUGCAAUUACACCCUUUCAUGCGGUUUGGAGUUAUCCCAAUAUUUGUUCAGUAGAUUAAAAUGAAUGCAUAUUUAAA